AUGACGCUCUACUACAGCUUGGUUUUUAUGCUCUUGGUGACGGAGAUGGUGGUUUUCAUGUCACUCAUCAUCCCGCUGCCGUUCACCUGGCGUCGCAAGCUCUUCACCUUCAUCUCCGAGAGUCCCAUUAUAGCGAAGCUACAAUAUGGCAUGAAGAUAACGUUCAUCUUCAUCCUGAUACUGUUCAUUGACAGUGUCAACCGCGUUUCCCGCGUCCAGCUCGAGCUGUCUGCGGCUUCGAACGCUGAGAAGCAGGGCCGCGCCGCUGUCAUCGGUGGCCCCGAGCGCAUGGAAGUCCAGGCCCGCAAGUUCUACUCGCAGCGCAACAUGUACCUCUGCGGCUUCACCCUCUUCCUGUCGCUGAUCCUCAACCGCACCUACGUCAUGAUUCUCGACGUUCUGCGCCUCGAGGAGGAGGUCAAGACUCUCCGCGGCGACUCCAAGGGCAAGAGCAAGGAUUCGUCGGCCCUUGGCAAGGCUGGUGAUGCUGGCGAGAUUGGCCGCCUGAAGAAGGAACUGGAGGCCAAGGACCGCGACAUUGAGCACCUGAAGAAGCAGGCUGAGGGUCUCUCUCGCGAGUACAACCGCCUGGGUGACGAAGUCUCUGGCUCUGACAGCGUUCCCAAGAAGGACCGGUCUUGCCACGCCCGAACCAUGAUCAAAGGCAUCUUCUAUACUCGGUUUCAUCCCGAGAAAGGCUCCCGCGUCCUCCAUCAAGUGCCCGACGGCUCAAUCACGCCUUCCACGGCGCCAUGCGCGCAGACUUCGCCUUUCUUCAGCUUCAGCGACGUCUCCGAAUACGUAAUCCCGCGCCAGGAGUUCUGUGACCGCCUGGUCACCGUAUGCGCCAACCACUACCGCAUCAUCGGCUACCCAGUCUGCGUCAAUAACUACCAUGGCAAAUACGACCGCAAUCAAUUCAUUUUCAACUUUGCAUUUGUCGUCGAGGAGGACCUGCUGGACUGGAACAGCUACGCGAGCGUUGUGCGGAAGCUAGGGAAGUUGCUGCGGAACUUGGAGGAGCAGGGCAGCUUCCUAAGCAAGGAAGAGAAGGACAUACCGUGGGAUGUGCUUGGGGAUCCAGCAAGAACUUCAAGCGUUGGCCUAGGCAUCAGGAGAGUAGAAAGGGCUGCGUCGAUUGCCGAGAGCAUGAGCGAAAGCCAGUCUGUGAAGUCGCUGGGCUUGGACGGACUCAGUCUGGACGAGUCCGCCGAAAUGGGCACCAGCAGUAAAGUAUAUGCCCUCUGUGAGAUGAUCUUGGAGGAUCUGAAUAAUUACUGCGAGUGCAUGAUUCCGAUUGACGACUCCAAUACCAUCAAUCUCAAACUUUUCCCAACUCGGCUACCGCCAGCUCCCGUCCACGCAUGGCAUGUCCCACUACUCACCAUUGAUAUCGAGAUGUACACAGCGCCGUCUGCUAUGAAUCCACACUCGUUCAGCAACCGCUGUGCUACACUUUCUUCGGAUCUGACGCUCACCCGUAUUCUUCCAUACAUCGACGGUAUCAACUCGGUGUACUUUAUUUCUCAGCUUGCCGAUACCGACAUUGGACUCACUCGAAAGGCAAUUCAGCACCUGGUCUAUUACGACUGCGUUGUUCUACUGGACAUCUUCCAGUUCGGCGCCAUGUAUGCGCCUACCCCCCUUAUUGCCCAUUUCUUCACCGACGAAGCCGCUCUCGCCGAAUGCGCACGCUAUGUUCGCAUCCCACGCUUCCUGGAUGCCUCAAUCAGCAACGAGGCUGCCACCCUCCCCGAGGAGCUCCGCCGGGACUCUCACAAGCCGUCACACGGCCACUCCCGUAAAACCAGCGUCAGCAGCACCCUCGGCGGCUCCACGGCAACGACGACUGCCACCGGUAGCCCCACUCAAACAACCUUCGUCCACAACCGCACCCAUCGCUCCUCGACCAUCGGCACGCACUCGUCGGCCGCUCUGACCUCGUUCACCGCCAACCUCGUCCUCGCCCCGAACCAGCCCAUCGUCAGCGCCGACGUUCUGAUCCAGCUCUACUCGUCGAUGCGUCAGGGCGUGACGCUGCGGACCUGGGUGCUGGAGAACUCGAACCUGCUCACGCACAUCGACGUCCGCCGCAUGGUCACCUUCGGCGUCAUCAAGGGCUUUCUGUACCGCGUGCACAAGUACGCCAUCACGACGAGCGCGGGCGCGCUGGCCGGCACGACGGCGAGCUACGAUGGCUAUGACCACCUGCACGGGGCGCGGUGGAGGGGCCACAACGGGUACGCGAGCCCGUGGCGGGUCGAUUCCGAUGCGGAGGAUGGCGGAGGGGCGGGAGGGGAUGGAGAUGGCGGAGACAAGGCGAGCGGGCAUGGUAGUGGUGGUGCGUACUGUAGAGAACUGCCGCUGGCGAGGUAUCUGGAUGGCCUGCAUUGCUUCGAUGAGAUUUGUACGGAGCUGGGUAUGAGCGAGCGGGAGGUGCUGGCGAAGAUGAGAAAGGGGUUCGGAGAUGUGUUGGUGGUGAACCGGUGA